CACGGGAGACCUCGGGUCUGCUGGGUGGUGGUCUCGGCGUCUCUGGCUGACGUGGGUCUGGUUUGUGUCCGUCUGCAGGGACGAGUCAGGACCAAGACGGUGAAAAAGGCCGCGCGGGUCAUCAUCGAGAAGUACUACACCCGCCUGGGCAGCGACUUCCACACCAACAAGAGGGUGUGUGAGGAGAUCGCCAUCAUCCCCAGCAAGAAGCUCCGCAACAAGAUCGCCGGGUAUGUGACACAUCUGAUGAAGAGGAUCCAGAGGGGUCCAGUCAGAGGAAUCUCCAUCAAACUGCAGGAGGAGGAGAGAGAGAGGAGGGACAACUACGUGCCCGAGGUGUCUGCGCUGGACCAGGAGCUCAUUGAAGUUGAUCCCGACACCAAGGAGAUGCUGAAGCUGCUGGUACGUCUCAACAGUUUUACAUGUUGCUCAGCUGGCUCAUUCAACCAGAUCAACCAGUCUGGUCUGAUCACAUUCACACCUGGAGGCCCCGUCCAUGUCCAUCACACCUUUUCACUGACAGUUAAUUGUCCGACAUUACGAACGGAUCCCUGCAAAUAUAGACCUAUUUGUUAAAGAGGAAGACCAGUU